UUUGGCUUUAGGUUUUUUCCGGGUGCUAUAAAAAUAGAUCUUUUACAUCUUUAUCUUAAAUUCUGUCUGUAACUUUUACACAUGACUUGCUUGCAGGUCAAGUAAUCUGAGAAGCCUUAGACUUGCAAUGUGCAAUCAAAUAACAGAUGAGGGAGUCACGGAAGCAGUUGUGAAACUACCAUUGCUUGAAGACCUUGAUGUUUCAUUCUGCGCAUUUUUAGGAGAGUCUCUGAGAGUUGUAGGCCAGUCUUGUCCUAAUCUGAAGACAUUGAAGCUAAACCGCAGCCCUGGAAUUGAUUGUUUUUUGUUUAGACCUAAUAUUAAUGCCAUAGUAAUUGCAGAAAGCAUGCCCAAUCUACGCCACAUCCAGCUUUUUGGGAACGAAAUAAACAACACAGGCUUGAACGCCAUUCUUGACGGUUGUCCGCACGUGGAACAUCUUGAUUUACGCAAGUGUUUCAACAUCAACCUUGUGGAGGAUAUCGAGAAGCGAUGUUCAGAGAGGAUCAGAGUUUUGCGACGCCCCUAUGACUCAACUGCUGAUUUUCUAUUUGAUAACAUCUGGUUUCUCGAAUGUUAUUCUGAUUCUGAUUCUGAUGACGCCGACAGGGAUGACGACUAUGAUGACGACAGUUCAAGUUCAAUGGCGUGAGGUUCAUGUCUUCUAUUCUCUGUGUUCUUAGUUUUUUGUGUCCUUAUUUCUUUUGAAUUUUAAGAAGUUUUGAACGUGUGAUUCUAAAAGCACAAACAUUA